AUUUGCCCACACCCUACGGAAACCUUUGACAGAUAACGAAAACGACUAUGUUGAAAUUGUCAAGUUGAAAUCUUGUAGUUUGAAAAUGAUUCUUCUUGAAAUAAACAACAAAAUAGUCGAAGAUACUCUCAGUGUUAAAAUCAGAAAUUCGCUUGCAGGAAACAAACCGGACUCCGUUAAUGUAAUCAUUGCUGAUUUUGAUGGAGUGCUAUUCCAUAUUUCAAACCCUGACUCUGAAAAAUCAAAAGUUCGAGUUAGCAUAUCAUUGAAAUUCUACAAGGAUCUUCAGGAACAUGGAGCCGAUGAACUAUUGAAGCGAGAGUAUGGUACCUUACUUUGUCAAACAGAAGAUGGGUACAAUAUUUCACUUGUUCUGGAUUUGGAAAACAUACCUAGCAACUGGGAAGAAAUUGUGAAAAAAAUUGGAUUGCUAAAAAGGAAUUGCUUUGCUUCAGUUUUUGAAAAGUAUUUUGAAUUCCAGGAAAAAGGCGAAGAAGGACAUAAGAGAGCAGUAAUCAAUUACCGUGAUGAAGAAACGUUGUAUAUAGAAGCUAAAGCAGAUAGAGUUACAGUUGUGUUCAGCACCGUUUUCCGUGAUGAAGAUGACAUUGUGUUGGGUAAAGUUUUCCUCCAAGAGCUCAGAGAAGGUCGUCGGGCGUCGCACACUGCACCACAAGUUCUUUUUUCCCACCGCGAACCACCUUUAGAGCUGCAGAACACCGAUGCUAAAGUUGGUGACAAUAUCGGAUAUAUUACUUUUGUACUGUUUCCACGACAUACGAACAAGAAUGUCCGGGAUAAUACCAUCAAUUUGAUCCAUUUGUUCAGAGACUACCUACACUACCAUAUAAAAUGUAGCAAAGCCUACAUUCAUUCACGCAUGAGGGCUAAGACUUCUGAUUUUCUGAAAGUCUUAAACAGAGCCCGACCUGAACCAAAGUCAGUGGAGAAAAAAACCAUCACCGGCCGUACUUUCAUUCGUACCCCAUGAUGUUUAAUUGCAUUCGAUACUUUUUGUAAUUCAGCAUAUCGCUUAUUGAUUCUGUAACACAUUUACAUAGACAGAGCAGCAUUACAAUAACUUUGCUUUGUGU